AUGCUCUCUACUCAUGUCCUCGCUGGGGAACACAACGAUAAGCAAGCGUUGUUCGAGUUCAAGUCUAAAGUUUCUGAGGAAAAAAAAGCUGUUUUGUCCACGUGGAACAACUCAAUCCCUCUCUGCAGUUGGAGGGGGGUUACAUGUGGGCGCAAACACAAGAGAGUUAUUGGUUUGGAACUCGGAAGGUUGCAACUGGGAGGGGUGAUAACGCCAUCUAUUGGUAAUCUUUGGUUUCUCAAAUCACUUAAUCUCACUGGUAACUCUUUUGGUGGAACCAUCCCUCAAGAGGUUGGAAAGUUAUUUAGACUUGAAUAUUUGGAUAUGAACCUAAAUUUUCUCGAAGGAGGGAUUGCAGCCGGUCUGUUUAACUGCUCUAGAUUGUUGAGCCUUAAUCUAUAUUCAAAUAACCUUGGACAAGGUGUUCCUUCAGAACUUGGAUCAUUGACGAAGCUUUUUAUUUUAGAUGUUGGUCGAAACAACUUGACAGGAAACAUCCCUGCAUCUCUAGAAAACCUGACAUCCCUCAAACAACUCAGCUUUGCGGAAAACAAUUUAGACGGAGGAGUUCCUGAUGGUGUAGCUCGAUUGACUCAAAUGGUGACUCUUAUAUUAUCAAUGAACCAUUUCUCUGGUGUUUUUCCUCCAGCAAUUUACAAUUUGUCCUCCUCACUUAAGUAUUUGUUUCUCGUUGAAAAUGGUUUCUCUGGGAGCCUGAGGCCUGAUUUUGGUGAUUUGCUACCAAACCUUCAAGAGUUAAAUCUGGGAUCUAAUUCUUUCACGGGAAACAUUCCAACAACACUAGCCAACAUCUCGACUCUCCAAAAAUUUGGAGUGGGGUAUAAUAGUCUGACCGGAAGUAUUCCUCUCAAUUUUGGAAAAGUAGAGAAUUUGCAAUUCCUAUCACUUAUGGGUAAUUCUUUGGGAAGUUAUUCUUCUGGAGAUCUUGACUUCCUUGGUUCUUUGACAAACUGCACCCAACUGAAGGCCUUAUCUGUGGCUAACAAUACGCUUGGUGGUGAUUUACCUACGUCCAUUGCCAAUCUUUCUAGGAGCCUCAUCGGGUUAAACUUUGAAAGGAAUUUCAUCUCUGGAAGCAUUUCUCUUGACAUUGGGAAUCUCAUAAACCUACAGAGAUUACAGUUUGGAAGAAAUCUAUUGACAGGACCACUCCCAGCCUCACUUGGGAAGCUUUCAGGAUUAGGAGAAUUAAGAGUCCAUUUAAAUAGAAUGUAUGGAGAGAUACCAUUUUCUCUAGGCAACAUCACUCAGCUAGUAAAACUCUACUUGUACAAGAAUAGGUUUGAAGGAAUCAUCCCUUCAAGUCUCGGUAAUUGUUUGUAUUUGUUACAUUUAGAUAUUGGGGAUAAUAAGUUGAAUGGGACCAUACCUCGGGAGAUCAUGCAUAUUUCACCCCUUGUUCUUCUAAAGAUGUCACACAAUUCUUUGACUGGCUCUCUACCAAAAGAUGUUGGAAGUCUUGAACAUCUUGGUACACUAUCCUUUGAGUAUAAUCAACUUUCAGGGAAACUCCCAGAGAAUUUGGGAAAGUGUCUCCAAAUGGAACACCUUUAUCUGCAAGGAAAUUCUUUUGAUGGAACCAUUCCAGACAUAAGCGGGUUGGCGAAUGUUAAAAGGAUUGAUUUCUCCAACAACAAUCUCUCUGGAGGUAUACCUGCAUAUCUCGCAAACUUUAAUUCGUUGCAGCAUCUCAAUCUAUCUGUUAACAACUUUGAGGGAACUGUGCCAACGGAAGGAAAGUUGAAGAACGCCACUAUAGUUUCAGUAUUUGGAAACAAACACCUAUGUGGAGGGGUCAUUGAAUUGAAACUAAAGCCCUGCUUUUCGCAAGCACCAGCAAAAGGGAAAAAACAUUCAUCUCUUUUAAAGAAAGUUGUGAUUGGAGUAUGCAUAGGCGUGUGUGUGGUUUUGCUGUUGUUCAUAGCUUUAGUUUCUCUUUGUUGGUUCAAAAAUAAAAAGAAGAACAAGACCAAUGAAGCAACUCCUUCCACCUUGGGGGCUUUCCAUGAAAUGAUAAGUUAUGGAGAUCUUCGAAAUGCGACUGAUGGCUUCUCUUUGAAUAAUCUGAUUGGAUCAGGCAGCUUUGGUACCGUGUAUAAAGCCUUGCUUCCUGGAGAGAACAAUAUUGUUGCAAUGAAGAGUUUUAUGGCAGAGUGUGAAUCCUUGAAAGACAUAAGGCAUCGUAAUCUAGUGAAACUUUUGACGGCUUGUUCGAGUAUUGAUUUUCAAGGAAAUGAAUUCAGGGCUCUAGUCUAUGAGUUCAUGCCAAAUGGAAGUUUGGAUACGCUUAGCAUAGCGAUUGAUGUGGCUUCUGUUUUGGACUAUCUUCAUGUUCAUGGCCAUGAAGCUAUUGCUCAUUGUGAUCUUAAGCCAAGCAACGUCCUUCUAGACGAUGAUCUUACUGCCCAUGUUAGCGACUUUGGUCUCGCUCGGAUCCUCCCCAAAUUCGACCAGGAUAACUUCCUCAACCAACUCAGCUCGGCUGGAGUCAGAGGAACCAUCGGCUAUGCCGCACCAGAAUAUGGAAUGGGAGGGAAGAUAUCAAUACAUGGUGAUGUGUAUAGCUUUGGGAUUCUCCUUUUGGAGAUGUUCAGUGGAAAACGACCAACCAAUGAGUUGUUUGGAGGAAACUUUACCCUCUGUAGCUACAUCAAAUCUGCAUUGCGAGAGCAAGUAUUAGAUGUGGCAGACGAAUCGAUUCUUCACAAUGGCCUUAGAAUCGGCUUCCCUAUUGGUGAGUGCUUGACUAAUGUUUUGGAGGUGGGACUUAGGUGUUGUGAAGAAUCUCCAGUCAACCGGCUGGCAAUGAGUGAAGCUGCCUACUUUAUCUUACUUGCUUUUGGUGCUCUCCUGUUACUUGAAGCACACGGUUUUACCGGUGAAGCUGAUAAGCAAGCGUUGCUUGAGUUCAAAUCUCAAGUUUCUGAAGAGAAAAAAGAUUUAUUGCCCUCGUGGAACAACACAAUCCCUCUCUGCAACUGGGAUUGGGUUACAUGUGGCCGCAAACACAAGAGAGUAACUCGUUUGGACCUCGGAGGAUUGCAAUUGGGAGGGGUGAUAUCGCCAUCUAUUGGUAAUCUUUCGUUUCUUAUAACACUUAACCUCACUCAUAACUCUUUUGGUGGAACCAUUCCUCAAGAGGUGGGAAACUUGUUCAGACUUCAACACUUGUAUUUGGGAUAUAACUUUCUCAAAGGUGGUAUUCCAGAAAAUCUGUUUAACUGCUCCAGAUUGUUGGAGCUUCAACUGGUUUCAAAUCAUCUUGGACAAGGUCUUCCUUCAGAGCUAGGUUCACUUAGGAAGCUUGUUGUACUAGAUCUUGGUCAUAACAACCUCAACGGAAAGAUCCCUGCAUCUAUAGGAAACUUGACGUUCCUCAAACAACUCAGCUUUGGAGAUAACAAUAUGGAAGGAGCCAUUCCUGAUGAUAUCGCUAGAUUGACUCAAAUGGUGACUCUUGUGUUACCACAGAAUAGAUUCUCAGGUGUUUUCCCUCGUGCAAUCCACAAUUUAUCUUCACUUGAGUACUUAAACAUGUUUAGUAAUCGUUUCUCUGGGAGCCUGAGGCCUGAUCUUGGUAAUUUUCUACCACACCUUAAACACUUCUUUAUCGGAAAUAAUCAUUUCACAGGAGCCAUUCCAUCAACACUUGCCAAUAUCACAACCCUUCAAGAUUUGGGAAUGUCGCUUAACAGUCUCACAGGUGAUAUUCCUCUGAGGUUUGGAAACAUAGGGAAUUUACAAACAUUAUCACUCCAUAGUAAUUCGUUGGGAAGUCACUCUACUCGAGAUCUUGACUUCCUUGGUGCUUUAACUAACUGCACCCGACUGACCUCCUUAUCUGUGGCUGACAAUAUGCUUAGAGGUGAUUUGCCUACCUCCAUUGCCAACCUGUCAAUGAACCUCAUCGAGUUGACCUUUGGAAAUAAUUUCAUCUCUGGAAGCAUUCCUCUUAACAUUGGAGAUCUCAUAAGCCUACAAACAUUUCAGUUCGCUAACAAUCUAUUGACAGGACCACUCCCAACCUCGGUUGGUAAGCUUUCAGGAUUGGGGCUAUCAGGGAAACUCCCAGAGACUUUGGGAAAGUGUAUCUCUCUGGAACGACUUUAUCUGCAAGGGAAUUCUUUUGAUGGAACCAUUCCAGACAUAAGUGGGUUGAUGGGUGUUAAAGAGAUUGAUUUCUCCAACAAUAAUCUCUCUGGAAAUGUACCUGGAUAUCUUGCAAACUUUAACUCGUUGGAGUAUCUCAAUCUAUCUGUGAACAACUUCGAGGGAUUUUUGCCAACAAAAGGAAAGUUUAAGAACGCCACUAUAGUUUCAGUGUUUGGAAACAAAACCUAUGUGGAGGCGUCUUGGACUUGA